CCUUCGGCCGCUCGAGAGGCCGCGUUCCCAGCUGCGGCGCCCUCGGCCGCGCGCGCCCCCAGCGAUCGCGAGGCCUCGGUCUGGGCGGCUCGAAGCCAGCCCAUCACGGUCGCGCCCGUGGCGCUCGUUGCCAGGCCCGUGGCCGCUGGAAGCCAGCCGGGGCCGCUCGAUCGGGCAAGCGCGGGCCGCUCGAUCGGCGAGCGGCGCCGGGGCGUCGGAGGGCCGGCUCGUGCGGCAGCAGCUGCUUGCCACAGAAAGCUCGGGGCGCUUCGCGAUGGAGGCCCCGGAGCUGACGUCUAAGCAGGAGAUCAUCAACAUCCAGAUCGGAAAGGCCGGCAACGCGAUGGCCCACGAGUUCUGGCGCGACCUGUGCGAUGAGCACGACAUCCACUGGAACAGCGAAGACACUAAGGGCCAGUACCACCCGCAGGAUGAUUUCCCUGACCACCUGCACGUCUUCUUCAACGAGGGCUCCAGAGGUAGGGACAACGCGAUGCGAUGGGUGCCUCGUUCCAUUCUCAUGGACUUGAAUAUGGCCGACCUGUCUGCGAUCACUCAGGACCCGCUCGGGGACCUCUACCGGCCAGAGAACAUAAUCGGCAACGACGAAGGAUCUGGGAAUUGCUACGCCAAGGCGUACCACACAGACGGGCCUGAAUUGGCAGACCAGUGUCUAGAGAUGGUCAGGAAAGAGAUUGAGCGCUGCAAUUGCCUCCAGGGCAUUCAGUUUGUGCACUCCGUCUCCGGCGGUACCGGCUCUGGGCUGACUGGGCUAGUCAUGAGAGUUCUGCGGGACUACCUCGACGGUGACAAGGUCAUCAUGCAGAAUUUUUCUUUGUUGCCCAGCAAGGGCCAGUCGGACAUGCUGGUCGAGCCGUACAACGCGUCCCUCAGCCUCGCGGACAUAAUAAAUUACAGUGACCAGUGUUUCGUUUUCGACAAUUCGGCGUUGACAGACAUCUGCCAGAAGUCCUUGAGGAUGGACGUUCCGAAGAUGGCUAAGCUGAACAACAUCAUCGCUCUAUGCAUGAGCGGCAUCUCAUCGGGAUUGCGCUUCACCGGGCGCCUGAACGUUGAUCUACGUAAGCUCCAUGUUAACUUGGAUCUCGCGCAGCAGAUGAUGUCAAAGGAGAACAUCACGUGCAAAGUGGACCCGCAGCACCCGGGAAGCCAGCAGGAGGGCGUGCCGAUGGCGCGCUUUCUGGCGAGUUGGGCCGCCUGGAGAGGGAAGUGGCAAACCAGCGACGUCGACCAGAUCAUCCACGAUAUUUGGAAGGAGCGCUCUCGCUACGACAAGUUCUUUCCCGACUGGAUACCGAACCCCAUCGGCAGCAACAUAUGCGAGGCGCCCCACUGCGAUGUGAAGGACUCCGUCGUCUUCGUGACGAACAACACCGCAGUGGCCAACAAGCUAAAGGAGGUGAGACAGUCCUGGGACCUGAUGUACAAGGCGCAGUCGUACAUUCACGUGUUCACGAACGAGGGUCUUGAUAGAGAUGAAUUGAAAUCCAGCGCCGAUAACAUGUUAGAUGUGGCGGACGAGUACGACCACUUUGCCCUGCACCCAGAUAAGAUUUUGGGCUUCAAUGACUCGCCCCACGAGCAGGCCGAGAUCGAGCAGGAGCUCCUGCGCUUUCAGAACAUGGACGGCAGCGACAAGGAGGUGAUGCGCCUCGGCAGCAGGAGGGGUGCCUACUGA